CGAAGGAGAAAAUGGCGGCGAGAAAAAUCAGCUCAAAGAAACGGUCGUCGGAGACGGCACCGGAGGCUUUGAAAACUGACAAGCUGAAGAGAAGCAUCUUCGGCGAGGAAGAUGACGUUGAUCUGGAUCUCUCCAGUGAUAUCAAAGGGAUUAUGUCAGCGCUGCAGCAUAUCAGAAGCAACGCGCAGAAGGACGGACAGAAGAAGAAUGAAGAGACUAUUUCAAGUGUGGCUUCAGAGGUAAAAUGUAAACUGGAUGAGUUGAAAACUAAACUUGACAAAGAUAGACAAGGUUUUAUCAAGUCACUACUGAAGAGUUCAAAAGAGUUUGAAAACUUGUUGAAAGGUGAGACCACCAAGUUCCAAAAUGUUACUGAGAACUUCAACAGGGAAAAAGCAACACAUUUGCAGACCCUGAAAGAUAGCAUUUCAAAAUGCGAACAGGAGAAGGAAAGACUUUUUCAGCGAUACGAACAACAGAAGAAGAAAGAAAGAAUCCACAUAUCUGAUCACGAGAAAGCUUGUCUACAGAAAAUUGCUCAACUGGAAGAAUCAUUGAAGAAGAAGAAACAGAAUGGAAAAACUUUCAGCACUUUAAGGAAGAAACUAGGAUCGUUCAUUGGAAACGCUUCAGAUGAGGAGUUCAUAGGAAACGGCUCAGAUGAGGACUUCCCACAUGACGAUUGACAUGAUUAUUUCCCUUACCAAGGAUAAAGAAGGUAACAACACUAAGGAAUGCAAAAGAAAAAAGGUAAUGAUUUUUUUUUGUUGCAUGUCACUCAUAUUAUACAUGUAGUGGACCUUUUCUUAAAUAACAAUUUGAAUUUGGAAAUGAGCAUUUAAUAUGGUGUUACACAAGGA